AUGGACACACUUGAAAAAAUCAAGGUGUUGUACCAACAAUCGCUUGCAGAGGAAAACUGGAUCCGUGCGACUGUUGUUAAAACUAAGGAAAAUCUAGCACUAAUCAAUUUGUACAUGAGUUACCCAACAGAGUUUAUUACACUGAAAGAACAAACCUUUGCCCAGGUCACAAACCUUCUUACAGAUUCGUUGAGACUAAUAGAAGACGUCACGGAUUUCUCGAACACCUUAAAACAGAAAUCGAAUGAUGUGGAAUUGCAUUUGAUCAAAGAAAUUGAGGAGCUCAAAAGCGCAUUGGAACAAAAGAAAUUAAAGCAAGACCAAGCAUCCGACGCACAUCUCUUUGAAGUUGUUGAGCUACAAGGCGAGUUGGAAGAACAAGAGAAAAUAUCCAACGACUUACAAACACGGAUUGAGCACGUUCUCUUCGAGGUCGAGAAGAAAAGUGAACUAAUUGAAACACUGCGCAAAGAGGUGCUUGAACUCAAAUCAAAACAAGAAGAGCAAUUCAGACAGAUUCUGUGCUCGACAGUUGGGAAUGGGCAACCCCUUGCCUCGAAACAACCGCCAAAAAGGCGAAAGAAGCGCACAGUUCUUUUUCCGUCCUUGGCAGAAAAGUGA